UUGUUGUUAAAACUAACCUUUGCAGAUUAUAUAUUUAGUACAUAGUAUAAAGGUUGCUUCCCACUUCCCACUUUGUAGAUCUUAGUUUCUUCACUUUAAUAAUAAUAAUAAUAAGAAUGGAGAUUGAAGCUCCACAGUCUGAAGUCUGCAUGGAUCUUGAAAAUGGGAAGGUGGCAGCAGAUGAUGAUAAGAUGAUGAUGAUGAUGGGGAGCAAGGGUGGAGAUUGGUUGGGGUGGGAAGAUCUGACGGUGGUGGUUCCAUAUAACAUUGGAAAUGGACCAACCAAGAGGCUGCUUAAUGGUGUAACAGGUUUUGCUCAGCCUGGUAGAAUCAUGGCAAUCAUGGGUCCUUCUGGUUCUGGCAAGUCCACUCUUCUUGAUUCUUUAGCAGGUAGACUUUCAAGAAAUCUUGCCAUGACUGGAAAUAUUCUCCUCAAUGGACGAAAGAGAAGGCUCAACUAUGGUGAUGUGGCUUACGUGACACAAGAAGAUGUAUUAAUGGGCACACUCACAAUACGAGAAACCCUAACAUACUCAGCUCAACUGAGGCUUCCAGGCAACCUUAAAAAGCAGGCCGAGGUAGUAGAGUCCGUGAUAUCGGAGAUGGGGCUCGGAGAUUGCGCCGACAACCUCGUCGGAAACUGGCACCUGAGAGGGAUAAGCGGCGGCGAGAAGAAGCGGUUGAGCAUUGCCUUGGAGAUACUGACGACGCAGCCUCGUCUGCUGUUCCUGGACGAGCCCACCACCGGGCUAGACAGCGCCGCCGCGUUUUUCGUGGUGGAGGUUCUCAAGAACUUGGCCGCCGGCGGUGGGAGAACCGUCUUGUGCUCCGUUCACCAGCCUAGCAGUGAAGUCUUUGCGCAGUUUGAUGAUCUUUGCCUCUUGUCCUCCGGCGAAACUAUUUAUUUUGGAGAAGCUAAGAAUGCUGUUGAGUUCUUUGCAGAUUGUGGAUUUGCAUGUCCAAAUAGAAGAAACCCUUCCGACCAUUUCCUACGUUGUAUCAAUUCCGACUUUGACCAUGUCACUGCUACCCUCAUAGGUUCUCAAAGAAUCACUGAUAUCAAAGAGUCAUCUGGUUCCACUACAUACUUACCAACCACAGAGAUAAGAGUAAGGCUUCUUCGAAACUACAGAUACUCAGAAUAUGCAAGCAGAGUUAAAACCAAACUUCGAGAAAUGUCAAAAAUGGAUGGAGUAGUAAGAGUGGAAGAAAGAGGAGGAAGGCAAGCAAGAUGGUGGAAGCAACUUACAACACUGACAAGAAGAUCAAUGACAAACAUGUCAAGAGAUUUCAGCUACUACUGGCUGAGAAUAAUAAUGUACAUCGUACUUUCUGUCUGUGUCGGCACUGUCUUUCACGAUGUCGGAACAAACUACCGGGCGAUCAUGGCGAGGGGCGCCUGCGGCGGAUUCAUUUCCGGCUUCAUGUCCUUCAUGUCCAUCGGAGGCUUCCCAUCUUUCAUUGAAGAAAUGAAAAUAUUUUACAAAGAGAGAUUGAAUGGGCAUUAUGGGGUUGGAUUGUUCAUCCUCUCAAACUUCAUCUCAUCAUUCCCAUUCUUGGUUUUGAUGUCUUUUAGCUCAAUAGCCAUUACUUACAGUCUGGUCAAGUUUCACCCUGGCUUCAUCCAUUUCACAUAUGCUGCUGUUGAUCUUUUGUGCUCCAUUGCUGUGGUAGAGAGCUGCAUGAUGGUUGUGGCUUCCAUUGUUCCCAACUUCACUAUGGGGCUCAUUAUAGGAGCCGGCUUAAUUGGAAUUAUGAUGGCUUCGGCUGGUUUUUUCCAGCCAUUCCCAUAUCUUCCAAAGUUCUUCUGGACAUACCCUAUUUCCUAUGUAAACUACAUGGCAUGGGGUUUACAAGGAGCAUACAAGAACGACAUGUUAGGGCUAGAGUUCGAACCCAUGAACUCUAGCGAGGUUAAGCUAAACGGAGAGGUUAUCCUGACCACCAUUCUUGGGAUAUCGGUGGAGCAUUCGAAAUGGUGGGAUUUGGGUGCAGUCAUAGCCAUUCUUGCAUCAUACAGGCUAGCAUUCUUUGUCGUUCUCAAGCUAAGGGAGACAGCCAUGCCCUACCUCUACAACCUUUAUACCAAAACAACUAUGCACCGUAUUAGCAAGAGGCCUUCUUUCAGGAAGAUCACUCCUCCACCCUUUCCAUCCAAGAGACAUUACACUAUGCAUCCAUUGUCUUCCCAAGAAGGUCUCAACUCUCCAAUUCAUUAGGAGGACACACCAUAUAUAUAUAUAUAUAUAUAUAUAUAUAUAUAUAUAUAUAUAUAUAUAU